AUGGUCCACGCCACCCAUUUCCUCACCAUCCUCUCCCUCCUUCCCCUUUCACUCGCCGUCUCCGUCUCUAACACGACAACACAGCCAGCUCCUAAUCCUCCCUUUGCCAAUCUUGCGCUGCCGCCUGCCCAUGCGGCUCGGGAUGUCCUCGGUGUGGCGCACCCAUCGCCAAGCACUACACACAGCCAUGGCAUCAAGAGAAAUGUAGAAAAGUCGAGGGGUGUUCGUGCGCACAGCCCGAGAGACUUGCCAGCCAUUGUAGGCGACAUACCUGCCAUAACAAUCGGAGGCAUCGACCUGCCCCUCAUUGCGCGAUCCCAUUCUGGCUCUGGCCUCUCCAAGCGGUCAACAGACAAUGCAACCCUGCUUCCUCUGGCAACCACCGAAAACACAUUCAUCGUCCCUGUCUCUAUCGGUUCUCCCCCAACUACCUACCCUCUUCAGCUCGACCUCGCCUCUUCAGAUCUCCUCCUUGCCUCCUCGCUCUGCACCUCGUCCUCUUGCCCAUCCUCUUCAUCCACUAAUCCGUACUAUGACGUCGCCAAGUCUCAGGCGGGAUGGGAAGAGGUAAACGGGAACGGAACGCUAUGGAACACGAGCUAUGCGGACGGCACGGUCGCUUCAGGCUUUAUUGGGAGGGAGGUCAUUACGCUGGGGGAAAGCGUCGUGCAAGGACAGGUGUUUGGAGUCAUCAAUUCGACGAAUUUGACACUCUCCGACCAAAGUAUCUCUGGAAUCUUGGGACUGGGAUUCCCCAGGUUAUCAGUGAUGGGACACGUGCUGUUGAGGGAGUCUGAGGCUGCGACUACGCUCAACGCUACUCCCACUGCCACUGAUAACACCACCGCGAGUGUUACAGGCACCUCCAACAGCAGUUCCACGAGCACUACCAGCUCUGCAAAUGCCACUUCCACGGAUAUUGCCUACCUCCCCACGCUCCUGGAGAACCUGGUUCGUACACCUCAUCUCCCCUAUCCUGUCUUUGCCCUUGCUUUGGCUCCUCCCAUAAACGACCCUUCCUCCUCAGCCUCGUCCUCAGCCGCCUCUGCUAGCUCCACGGCGCGAUACGAUCCUUCGCAUGGGUCUUUGACGCUGGGAGGCGUGUCGGCGUUUUACGUGGACGAGAAGGAGGGAUCGGGGAGGACUGUUGGGGAUAUCGAGUGGUUUGAUGUGGUUCCCUUUGGGCAGCCACUGACAAACAACGACACGACAACCAACGACACCUCGGCGGAGAGUGUGACUACCAGCGAUGCUACCGCUACUGCCACGGCCUCCUCAUCCGCUUCGUCCAUGCGCAAACGGAGUGACGAGUCCCAGAUCGACUCUCUCCCUGCGUCUACCACCGCGCUUUCUCAAGAAGAGUACCUCCAAUGGGCUCUCACUCUCCAAAAUAUCUCUCUCAACGGCACUGUGAUCACUCCCAACUCGUCCUACGCUUCCCUUGGUCUCGGUUCCGUGGCUUUGCUGGACGCGGGCUUCAAUGGGAUAGCGGGUCCCCAGCAGGAUGUAACUCGGAUCUUUAGUACGAUUACGGAUGCCAGAGAGGUCCAGACGGGACAGUGGGUGGUACCCUGUAAUACCAAAAUGACCAUUGGAUUCAGCUUUGGCGGGAGGUACAUUCAACUUCAACCGUCGGACUGGAUAUACGCCGGUGUAGAGAAUUCCGAGCUCUGCAUGGCCUGGCCCAUUGCACAGGAGGGCACUGGGGAUGGAAUUGAUUGGCAAUUGGGAACACCAUUCCUGAAGAAUGUCUACAGUAUCUUUAGCUACGGCAUCAAUGGCAAACAAGCUCCCUUGGUCGGCUUCCUUCCUAUGGAGUAUUCCUCGGAUACGUCCGACAACUCUACGACGACCUCUGAAACCUCGACGGCCGAUCCUGAUUCUCCCACCCCUACCACCAUAGAGGGCCUCUCCCUCACAACCACGCUCAGGACUCGGCUUCCAAACGCCGUUCUCGCUUCUCCCACCUUCCCCACCCCGUCUUACGCCUACUCUUCUUCUCCUUAUGUGCUGCAGACGGGCGCUUUGCAGUUCAUGGGUCUGGGUAACGACACCGAGUAUGAAGUUGGUGAUGUGGCGGUGGUGAGCGUGGAUAGCAGUGCAGUCAGUAGUAUUGCUGUGGGCGGCGGGAGCUCCAAUAGUGACGGGGCGGUCAGCGGGGCAGAGAGACGGGUAUUGAAGAGUGGAACGGGCUUGGGUGUAGGGAUGAUCGCUGGUGGUGUACUGCUUGGCACCAUGUUGAUCUGA